AUGCAGUUGUACCAGGUUGGGGCACCCAUGGAGCAUACUGCAGUAGACAUAGCUGGACCACUGCCAGUAACUACAGCAGGGAACUGUUACAUCUGUGUGGCCAUGGAUUAUUUUACGAAGUGGCCUGAAGCCCAUGUGCUGCCUAACCAUGAAGCCAUGACUGUUGCUGGAGUCCUUGUGGAACAGUAUUUCACACGGUUUGGUAUGCUGGGUGAGCUUCACUCUGAUCAAGGACUUGAGUUUGAGUCAGCUGUGUUCCAGGAGUGCUGUCAACUGCUGGGGUUAAGAAAGACAAGGACAACACCCCUGUGGUCCCAGUCAGACAGCAUGGUAGAGAAGUUCAACUGGAUGCUGACACAGGAGCUGGCCAAGUACUGUGGUGAAGACAGACCAAGUUGCCCACCAGAUGAGGAGCUGCCUACAGUGAGCACAGACUAUGCUGUGGCUCUGCAGGAGCAUCUGGCCUUGGCACACUUCCAAGUGAGGCACAACCUGAGAUUUGCAGGGAGCUUCGCUGAGGGUGACUUAGUGUGGUUGCACAAUCCCCGAAGAAAGAGGGGACUCUCACCCAAGCUACAAAGCUCCUGGGAAGGUCCUUAUACAGUGGUGGAGCCAAUCUCUGAAGUGACCUACAGAAUUACCAGAGGAAGUCAUUGCCAACUCAGGAUUGUGCACAUCAACCGUAUGUGGAGGUACUAUGGACCAGGGCAGUAUACAUGGGGUCCUGGUGGUGACGAUGGCAAAGACAAAGAGGUGUCUGGUCAUGAAGAACUGCAGGAAGAUGAAGAGGAUGCUGCGGCUGGUACUGGUGGCGAUGAUGAGAUGGAUGAGAUGCAGGAGACAUAUGCAGCUGGGGCAGAGGAGCAGUCUGUACUGUCGCCUUCCAUCCAAACGUCAAACCCAAGAAGGAGAGUUAAAAGACCUCAGAGGUUUGAGGACUAUGUGAUGUCCUCUGAGGAAGAGCUGUGA